CCCUUUGAUUAAAGCUGUCCUCAAUUGAAAAAAUGCAUUGAAAUUGUUAAUUUUGGGAUGCUAUCAAAAUGGAUGUGGACAGGGUUUCAGGUUUUCAACUUCAACGUCACUGUUCCAAUGGAUAUCCUUCCGAUUAAGAAUCAAUGUCAGUCCAACGUGCCAUUUCCGCAGGUGUCCAUUCCCGACGAACUCAUCGCCGAAAUCCUAUUAUUCCUUGACGUAAAAACCAUUGUGCGGUUCAAGUGUGUGAGCAAGUCAUGGAACAUUCACAUUUCCAAUCCAACUUUCACUGAACUGCAUCUUAAGAAAUCGUCACAAAACCCUCACUUCAUAGUCACACCAUUUCAGAAAUACCGUAUGCGUAAUGUUGUAUCCUUACCUGUGUGUCGUUUACUCGAGAAUCCGUCAAUAACUGUUGCCGGUGACAAAUGCCACAGUCUGCCAGGGGGAUUGGGAUAUUGCCAGGUUGUUGGUUCCUGCAACGGACUACUCUGCUUGCUUUACAACACUAUCUCAAGCCUACAAAACGAUUACCGGCUCUGUCUUUGGAACCCUGCAACGAGGACAAUAUCUGAUGAUUUCGGAUUUUUUGUCGACUAUGAGCCUCUAUCGGGCCCUUUCAAGUUCAGUUUUGGCUGUGAUUAUUUAACUGGAACUUACAAGGUACUGGCACUUCAUACAGAAAGAAAUGCACAUAAAGAGACAGAAAACGAAGGUUUAUGGAGAAGCAAGGUGAGAGUUUCCAGUUUUGGUUAUAAUGGUUGGAGAUAUAUUCAAAGUUUCCCUUCUGUUCCUCUUAUAUGGAAUGAUGGUGUUCAUUUGAGUGGAACUAUUAACUGGUUAGCUAUUAGCGGUGAUUUCGUAUCAAUGUCUGUUCCAGAAGGAGCGCAUGAGGCUCAUAUUCCUCAUGUUGAGCAAUUUGUGAUUGUUUCGGUUGACCUUUCGACUGAGGCGUACACACAGUUGUUGCUUCCUCCUGGUUUUGAUGCGGUGCCUUGCGUUGAGCCAUCUCUUCGGGUUCUGAUGGACUGCCUUUGCUUUUCGCACGAUUUCAAUAGAACCGAAUUUGUUUUAUGGCAGAUGAAGGAGUUUGGAGUUCAUGAGUCUUGGACUCAAUUAUUUAGAAUUGAAUACGUUAAUCUUCAAUUACAUAACCUUACAAUCACCGACAACACGGAUUUAUUUGGAAACAUGGAAUGUAAGAUUCCAUUGUUGCCUUUGUACCUUUCUAAUAAUGGAGAUACAUUGAUAUUGACGAGUGAUGAAGAAAAAGGAGUAAUUAUCUAUAAUCAAAGGGAUAAGAAAGUAGAGAGAUCUAGAAUUUCCAACAAAAUAUGCUGGCAGUCUACCUUUGAUUAUGUUGAAAGCUUGGUUUCGACUCUUUGGGAAGAUCUAGAGGAAGAUGAAGAGGAAAAGGAAGGGGAAGAUGAAGAUGAUGAAGAAAAUGGAGCGAUUUGUUAUUAGAGGAUUAGUCAGCUAAGUGACAUCGAUCUCUGGAUUAAUGGGAUUAAAGCUUAGGAAGUAGGAUGGGUUGAAAACAUGAUCUUUGUAGUUUGCACUGCCAACCCCCGAUUUUGUCAUUUUGGUUUAUGACUUGGAUAUUCAGUUAUGUUGAAGUUGACAUAUGAACUUAUGUAUUAGCUUAUGCAAAUUGUUAUAUGUGUCUCUGUCAAUGUUAGUUCUGUUGUUGCUUUGAAUAUUGUGGCAUGUGGGAGAUUCACCUAUUCUUAAGAGAUUUGCUUGCUUCUAUUGACAUGUGUAUGCGCGCGCACAGUGUUUAUGUCUAAAGAGGAGAAAAACCAAUAUUUCAUCGGUCAAAGAUUUGUGGAAUUUAUGCCUCAGAAGGGAGCAUGCUCGUAGGUAUGUUUACCAAAAUUGUUGAUGCUGAAAGCAGGGCCUAUUUCCUUAAUUUCUUGUCUAUAUGCUUACCAUCCAACCAUAAUAGAGUUAUCAAUCAAUGUAGUAAUUUAUGUAACUCUCUUUUACAAAAUAGGAUACAUGAUAGGCCAUGGCAGGCUUUUGUCUUUCGGUCAUGGCAAAUUUUGAGAAGGAUGGCGGUGCCACGGCGCAAUAUGUUUGCCAGUUUGUUGGAUUUUUAUUCUCCGCCGUGGUCCGCCAUCGACAACAGUACUGCAAAUAUCUUAUUUCAGAUCUCUGUCUGUAGAUAGGAAAAAGAUCUUAUUUCAACAUCAGUUUAAACCAUAAUCAGCUCUUACACUAGGGUGGUGUUUCAAGCAUUGGGAUGCAUUGAGUGCUCUUACACUAGGUGUGGUUCUAGAUGUAUUCUAUAUUAUCUUUAAGAAUCAUGCCUCUGUUUGGCAAUGUGAUAUUUUGAGCUUAUGGCUUAUAGCCGAUAAAAAAAGACUUGUUUGAUAACAUUUAUUUUCACGGGCUUAUUAUUUAUUUUUACUAACUUAUAGUUUUUACCCUAUCAUUCUUCUCUCAA